AUAGCAUUUAAAAUAAUACGCUUAGUUUUGCUUUAAGUGUGCAAAACAUUUGAUUUUUGGACAAUAAGAUUUUAAUAUCGGUUAUCGAUUAAUGUAUACAAACUAUACAUUACAAACAAAAACUUGGGACUUUAAAUGUAUGACUUAACCUUAACCACGGGUAGUAAAAUACUUCAAUACCAAUUUAUGCGUACAUACCUAAUUGGAAAUGGAAAGUGUGUUGUCGUAAAGUAUAAGUAUUUGCUAUUGUGAAGUACGCGUUGCUAGGUACGGGGCGUUUGUCGCGUUCAACAAACUCUUCUUUUAUUUUAUUGGAGGAAGUUACGUAAACAUAAAUCUUACACAUUGAAAAACAGUUUUUGAACAAAGGAUUGGUUUUAAAUAUUGAAUGUGUUUAAAGAAUAUUCUGACACAACUUUUGGAUUAAAUUCGGAACAAAAUGGCGGCAGCUGGGAAAGGGGGCGCAGCUCCUUCUAACGCAGCUUCGAAGUGCAACUUUGUGGCACAGGAUCAAAUUUGGAAAGACCAUGUUAAGCUGGAAGAAACGGCAGCUAAGUACUGGCCAGACAACUGGAAUUUCCUGACCACCAAAUACGAGGACUUAGUAAAAGACGAUAUGCCAAAAAAAGAAAAACGACACAAAGAUGUGGAACCGAUGGAAGCCCAUCCUGUUACACCAAUAGAAAAGUAUAUCAAAGUUGAUCCGUCUCCUAGACCAUAUCCGAAAACUACUGCACAAAAUAUCGGCUGGCGGUCAUCACACAGAGAGCACGCGCUGGAUAAAUAUGGAAGAUAUGCUAAUCCAAAGGGUGGUCUCGUGCGCCAGCUAAACUGGCCAUCAGAGGCUAUUUCCUAAUAUAAACUCUAUUUAGAUUAUCUAUAAUUUUAUAUUUAUUGUGCUUAUAUGUUACUAGUUGUUGCAAGUGUGAAAUGGACAAUGCCAAGUGCCGUCGUUCUUUGUAGACUGUUUUCAAGAAACAACAAGAUUUAAAUAUCUUCUGCAGAGCAUCGAAGAAAGCAAUAAAGAUGAAACAAGAAAAAACAACAACAACAAAAUCAGACACAAUAACUGAAAACGUUCAUAUAUCUUUUCUUCAGAACCAUAUUUUUUAAAGAUCACGCGAAAACGAGUAAUGCUUUAAAAAGUUAUUGGCUUCUUUUUGACGUCCCAGCAAAAUAAAGUUUUGACGUUACAAUUUCAUAUCUGUGACGUCAAGAUGUUUGGCUUUGUCCAUUCUGGUCAUACAUUCAUCAUAAUUAUCUUAGAAACUGUCUUUUAAUAGUCUUUCCGUGUAUCUUAUAAAGUUAGGUGCUCUAAUCAGAGCAACACAAAUCAUGUUAAGCAGACGUUUUCUCAAAAUAAAUCAGGAACGGAACGCGAUGAAUUUGCCUUAUGUAAACAAGAUAUUGAUGAAUGUAUGACCUGGAGAUAACAUGAGUGAUGUGACAAAAGUUUCUAUAUUAUCCUAUCAAUACAUAUAAAUGUUAUUAUGUGAUAACUAUGUGAUAACAAUUGUGAUAACUCGUGCAACCUUGCAAUACGUUCAUUUAUUUACACUUAAGUCAGUAUUAUUAGAUGUCGUUAUGUGUAAACGUGUACAUAUAUAUACAUUUUGUAUUUUGAUAUAAUUUUGUCCAGCAAGGGUGCAAAAUGUUUUUUUUUAUAUCCGAAUGAUGUAUGAAUGUAAGUUUUUAUCACAGUUUUUAUUAUAUGUAAUAAAGAUUUAAAUCGUUGAA